GUAAUGCGGAGCGCGGCCGGGCGGGGAGCGGGUGAGUCAGCGGGGCCGCCCCAGCCCCCCCCGGCCCCCCCGGCCCGCCCCCGCCGUGCCUAUCCCGGGCGGCGCCGCGCCCCGCCACUGCCCGCUGCGCUCCGCUCCGCGCCGCUCUGCCCCCCCACGGCCCCAGCCAUGCCGUCCCAGAUGGAGCACGCCAUGGAGACCCUCAUGUUCACCUUCCACAAGUACGCGGGUGACAAGAACCACCUCAGCAAGGAGGACCUGCGGGCGCUGAUGGAGAAGGAGUUCCCCGGCUUCCUGGAGAACCAGCGGGACCCCAUGGCGCUGGAGAAGAUCCUGAAGGACCUGGAGCAGAGCCGGGACGGCCGGGUGGGCUUCCAGGGCUUCUUCUCGCUGGUGGCCGGGCUCACCAUCGCCUGCAACGACUACUUCGUGCUGCACAUGAAGCAGAAGGGCAGGAAGUGAGCAGCACCCUUGGGUGCUGUCCCUGGCACCCCUGGGUGCUGCCCCCUGAGACCCUUGGGUGCUGUCCCUGGCACCCCUGGGUGCUGCCCCCUGAGACCCUUGCGUGCUGCCCCCUGGCACCUUUGGGUGCUGCCCUGAGACCCUUGGGUGCUGCCACCCGGCACCCCAGGGUGCUGUCCCCUGGCACCCCUGGGUGCUGCCCCCCCACCCACCCACCCACCCACGGGUGCUGCCCCCUGAGACCCUUGGGUGCUGCUCUGUGGCACCCCAGGGUGCUGCCCCCUGGCACCCCUGGGUGCUGCCUUGAGACCCUUGGGUGCUGCCCCCUGGCACCUUUGGGUGCUGCCCUGUGGCACCCCAGGGUGCUGCCCUGGCACCCCAGGGUGCUCCCUCGCCCCCCCCAAUAAAAGCGUUUUGUACUACG